UUUUUAAAUACAAUGUGUUUUAAAAUGUUACUUAAAAAAUGUAUAAGAAAUUUGAUAGGAAGCAAAAAGAAAAUAACAUUCUUACACUGGAGGAUAAAAAAAGAUAUUUUUACAUUGUCUUUUGGAUGACGUGAAAGAAAAGAACAAGUAAACACUCUAGUUACUUUUACAGGCUUAUGAUAUUUGUGAGAUGUCCCAAACCCUUCUUGAAAGUUUGAGUAAAAAGAAACUUUUUUUGUUUUCUGCAUUUUUACUUAUUGGGAUUUCAGGGUUCUUUAUACUUGGUGGCAUAAAAGGCGCUGACCCUGCUACAGCCAAUAUACAUAUUGCCAACUUGUUUAAAACAAAUAAUUUAAAAAAAUAUAAUUUUGCUAAUCCUCAAGAUUGGGUUUGGUAUCGAGUUAACAAUCCUGCUGAAAAUGAUAAACAAGGUUACACUGAAGAAGAUUUUAUACAUAUAUUACAUUCUGGAAACAAAUCUCAGAGAAUUACACCUGAAAAUCUUGUGCUAGCAACAAAAAUUCCUCAUCCUGGUCGAAAUCGAGUUAUGCAUAAAGCUUUUCAGUUUAUGUUGGUUGUGAUGAGUGUGCAAAUGAACUUUCUUUCAAGUAAUGUUGACUUAGCAACGUAUAACCCCAAACAAAUUAUAGACUGUACAUUAGAGUUUUCUGCAAAGGUUGGCUAUAAUGAUUCAGAAGAAGGUACUGAUAUUGAAAAGUGGACUGAACUUUACAGAGUUGAAAACCAGCGUCGACCAUUGAAGUGUACAUUUGUUAGAUUGGGUCCUCAAUUAGAUGGGCAUUACAGACAUGGUGAUCAUUUAGAUGGAUAUUACACUUGUGAUGAUCAACAUCUGUUUGAAUUAGGUAGUGUUGCUCACAAGCACUAUAUUGUCAAUAUUAUAUUCCCUGCAACACAAAGUAAUAUGCAUUGUUUAGCUGGCCAAGAAAAUUUUUUUAAUGGAGUUCACUUAACAGAAAUACAUCAAAAUGGUGGCUACACUAUUUCGUUAUUUGUAGCAAAAACCAUUAUGUUUCCUUUCAUUGUUGCCGCUUUUUUGUUCUUUCAUCUUAGAAUUCAACGUGAAAAUCGCAAACGUGUUCUUCUUGAAAAAGCCAUUGUUGUUUUGAAUAUAUCUACAUUGGUACUUCUAUUGCCAAUUGAUUGGUUAACCUUAGUUGCUGAUUUACCAUUUAUGCUUUUGGUAUCUGAUUUACGACAAGGGCUAUUUUAUGCAGCUCUUUUGAUAUUUUGGACUUUGUUUGCUGGCGAGCAUAUUAUGGAUCAAAAAAAAAGAAAUGACAUUUUUGCAUACAAAAUUGAAAUUGGAUGCAUAUGCUGUGGGUGCUUGUCACUUUUAAUUUUUGAUCUUGUUGAAAGGGGGACUCAGUUGGUUAAUCCUUUUCAUACCAUAUGGAAAAAAGAUAUUGGGGAAACCAUUGCUAGAAUUUUUAUUGGUGUUGCUGGCGCUGCAUCAGUUUUUUACUGCUUAUUUUUUAUGCGAUUACUGUGGCUUGUGCAUCGAAAUAUUAAUAUUAUGAAAACAGCACUCCCUGCAAUGCAGGAACAUAGGCGAUUUUUUUAUGAGAAUAGAAUUUAUAGGUUUCGAGUUUUGUUAUGGGCAACCCUUGUGAUUGUAGCUUCCACAGUAACUUGUUUUAUAGUGGAUCAACUUAAUGAAACUGCUUGGAAGUUUGAGGAGCAUUCUCUCAAUGAUUAUGUCUUAGUCUCAAGUGCUUUGCAUUUUGGUAUGUUUGGAAUGUGGUCUGGUUAUGUUUUUGCUGUUACUAUUUUUUAUUCACCUUCUGGUCGAAGUACAGAGAAAGAGAUCAAAGUUCAAUAUCGACACUCAGAACAGUUAUUAGCCUCAGGUGAUGUCGAUGCAUCAUUAAAUGAUAGCGAUGAAGACGAGAUUCAAUUUCGGCACCCGAAAACAUAAUGCGUUAAUGAAAUUAAGUUCGGGUUUAGUUUAGCUUUACUUUUUGUAGGAUAGCCAUAUAUCAUUAGAUCGGAGUUCUAUUAAAGUAGUGAUUUUUUUUAAAUUUUUUCAUAUGUUAUUUAUAUAUUUUUUAUUACAACUGUAAAUCUUAGGGAGAUAUUUUUUAUUGCAACUGUAAAUCUUAGGGAGAUAUUUAAGAUUAUUUAAUUUAUUGAUUUUGCUUUUAUUGUAAAUUUUUUUUUUACAAAAUUUUGAAUUCACCUGAAUGUUUUCAUGCAAAUGAGUCUUUGUUAAACCUGAUCGUUUUGUUAUGUUAGUCACAAUAUUUUUUUGCUCUUAUGAAUUUUUGUAUUAUUUUUGUACUUUUAUAUGGAAGUUAUUUUGACGCCUUUUUUUUUGGUUUGAUU